AUGGCUUAUGAUCCACGGCUAGCCGGUGCAGGCACUGCGGCUCAGAACGCUCCAACACCCCCCCCUCCUCCUGCGGAGACAGCUCAAGCUCCGAAUGCUAGCUCAAGCUCUGGUGGUCAAUCAGAUUCCUACAAACUCCGGUUCUGCACUGUAUGUGCUUCCAACCAGAACCGCUCAAUGGAGGCUCAUCUCCGUCUAUCUACCGCCUCGUCACCCUUCCCUGUAAUCUCCUUUGGAACGGGUUCCCUAGUCCGCCUACCAGGCCCCUCUAUCACACAACCUAAUGUCUAUAACUUCAACUCAACCUCGUACUCACAAAUGUACGAAGAGCUAUUCUCCAAGGAUGAGCGUCUGUAUCGAAAUAACGGUAUUCUGAACAUGCUCGAUCGAAACCGCAAUGUGAAAUGGGGGCCUGAGCGUUUCCAGGAUUGGGUGCCUGGGCUGCCGCGGAUAGACCAUGUCUCCAAAGGAGACAAGGGAGCUCAGGGGACUGAAGGAGGCGUAGUAGACGUCAUCAUCACCUGCGAGGAGCGGUGCUGGGAUGCUGUUGUGGAUGACCUCAUGAACAAAGGCUCUCCUCUAAAUCGGCCCGUGCAUGUGUUCAAUGUCGACAUCCGCGAUAACCACGAGGAAGCUCUUGUAGGCGGCAAGGCCAUCCUGGAUUUAGCUACACGACUGAACGAGACUGCUACCCAGGAACAAAAGGCACUCGGUGCUGAGGGCUGGGAGAACGGCACUGGCGAGGCUCGAAGGAGUUUCGACGAAAAGGUUCCUGAGAUUCUUGCAUCAUGGCAAGAGAAGUGGCCUAACCUGCCGGCACUGUGGACUCUCGCUUGGUUAUAG